CAAGAGAAGACAAGACAAGACGCUGCUGUGGGUGGCCACUAGAUGCUCGUCAGAACGGCCACAUGGAAUGACGCACUUUAGCAGGCAGCUCCGGGUCCGACUUUCACACUCCGCCGUCAAAAGAUUACGUUUUUUGGGCGAGCUGCUCGACGCGUACUCGUCAUGAGUUCCGCGAACGCGACCCUCGCAAACACCGCGAACGGCCAGGCUGACCGUCCUGCGCCUCGAGAACGACCUACGCCCCGUGGUGGAGCCACUGACCGGCCCGGAGGUCCUCGGCGACCUCGAGGCGGCGCCCCGUCGCCCGCAGCCCUGACGCUGGUUUCCAUCUUAGCGAGGAUCGCCGUGGCGCUCGCGCUGGUGCCGUUGGCGCGCGUCCCUCUGCCAGACGUGUACUUCAUAGUCAAGGACAGCGUCACUGAACAGCUGUUGCUCCGCUGCUGCCUCCUGGAGGAGGACCAGCGCCGCCUGCUGCAGAGCGUGUACACCAACUUGUCGCUCCCGACGAUGAGCGACACGCAGUACCUGCGAAAUUUGGCCCGCUGCGUGAUCUACCCCAAGGAGAGAGUGGAGUGCCUGCGGCUCCGUAGUCGCUAUGGACACAACGUCCUCACCUUGCUCGAGCCCUGGGAUUCUUUCACGGUCUAUAACCGGGAACAGGGCCCCGGCAGCGUCCAUUGCAAGCACUUUGUCUUCUCCCGGUUGGCGGCCUUAGUGAUUGUAGCCACCAACGCACUGCUUCUAGCAGUAUUCUGCUACUUGGUGUACACCAUCUUGUAUGUUUUUACCAUUCUCGGGAGGCUGCCUGCGAGAGCCCACACUGACACCGUUGGCCGCGGGGGCGCGAAUGAUGGGUCGACGGCAGCGCUGACAGCCAACGACAACGCGCGAGCCGUCUUCGCCUGACGGCUUGCCCAACGCAGGUGAUCGGUGUCCGCAAUGGCGACGUUCACAAGCCAACCAACGAGUCAUGCAUCCUGAUAAGAGACAGACAUGUGCUGCGAUACCGCUCCCCCCCCCUCGUAUUUGUCUUUGCCUCAUAAGCGCUUCCGUUCCUUUUUCUUCCGACAGGAUCUGUAAUAAUUAUACUUCACGACCAAUAUAUCCUGUACCGGAAAAUUAAGUGUAGGGCACACCAUAUAGAGCGUUCGUGGGCGCCAAAAUUAGGAUCUUGGAACAAAUGAUAUCUCAAGUCAUUCUUACGGUAAUGAAUAAUUAUUUAGUUGUUGGGAGCGUAGUGAAACAGCUACAACAAAUUUUGUUUCCUUAUUCUUUUCACUUCGCUACGCAAUAAAAUUGAUAAAAGUUCA